AUUGAGCUUACCCACUGGAUCUGUUGCAGUUGUGCAGGUGUGUGCAGCUAUGAGGGCAGAGGAGGAUUGUGUUCUAUACGCAUCAGUGAACCUUUGCUGAAACUGCGACCCAGGCGAGACUUGAUUGAGACAUUAUUACAUGAAAUGAUCCAUGCCUUGCUGUUUGUCACAAAUAAUGACAAAGACCAUGAGUCUCAUGGCCCUGAGUUCUGCAAACACAUGCGAAGGAUCAACAGAAUGAGUGGAGCCAAUGUGACAAUUUAUCACAACUUUCACGAUGAGGUGGAUGAAUACCGGCAGCAUUGGUGGCGUUGUGAUGGGCCCUGUCAAAACCGACGGCCUUAUUUUGGAUAUGUGAAGCGGGCAAUGAACAGAGCACCAUCAGCUCGAGACCCGUGGUGGGCAGAGCAUCAGCAAACCUGUGGUGGAACCUACAGCAAAGUCAAGGAGCCUGAGAAUUACAAGGUGAAGAAAGGGAAGCACAGAGAAAAGCCAGGCAAGCUGUCCAAAUCACCAAAGGAAGGAAAUGGGUCUCUAGGUAAAUCCCCAGGCAUGGAUAGUCGUCCUGUUAUUCCAUUCAAUGGAAAAGGCCAUGUGCUUGGAGGUGGGAGCACAGAAUUGGUAUCUCAGCGGACACCCUUGGGGAAGAUUCCUGAGAGCAGCAGGUUGCUCAGCCCGCCCUCCCAGUUUGUUUCCUUGGGGCAUGAAUCAGGAUCUAGGCCCUGGAAUGUUAAAUCCAAUGAGCAGAAAUCUACUUCGCAGGCUGCAAGUUUGUCUGACCCUGUCCCAUUGAAUGCUGUGUCACCGUCUGUCCUCACAGGGUGGCUGCUGAAAAACCCCAGUGACUACACAAGCCCAAAGACACCUAAAAGAUCUGUCAGCAAUAAUCGGGCUUUCGUCAACAUCAAUGGUUCACCUGUUAGGAUUGGCAGGACAAAGCCAAUCAACUCUACAAAAGACCCUGUCCUUAAAAGUGGCCAAAAAUGGUCUGUAACUGAACUACACAGGACUCCUCGACCAUUAGGUCAAUCUGCCACAGGUGCAAGUGCCAAAAAAAGGACUUGCAUUGAGCCAUCCUUCCCUGGAGAGUCCAUCAUUCAUGCAUUUGAGAGAUCACCAGCACAGAGACAGGGUCAACAGUCCACAAAAGCAAGUGGGUCUGUUGAGGCAGACUCCAGUGACUGGCAGAGCCAGAAUGUUAUGGGUGCACCAGUAUCACAGAUGGGCAGCCUUGACAUUGUGCCUGUUGACUGCCCCGUCUGUAACUCUGCUAUCCUGCCAUCUGAAAUUAACCAACACUUGGAUUCAUGCCUCCAGCCACUUGGAGUGGGCAAUGGAGAACACACUGCAAUUUGCAUGUGAAACUAUGGAUCGUGAGUUUUCUUUCAAUGUUGUCAAAGUCUGUUAAAACUUCCAUGAAAAGGGGUAGAUUAGAAUUUGUGGACUUAAACCCCCUUUUCCCUCUACUGUUUUGAGGGUUUAAAGAAUGAUAUUUUGCACAAUGUUUUUUCUGAAAGAUGUUGCUAUUAUAACUAACAUCUCACAUGAACUGCUUCCUUUAUGCUUCAUGUUGUAGUAAUACAUUUUAUUUUUUAUGUAUACUGUGUAAUCUUUUUAUCUUUGUAAAAUAAUUAAAUUAUGCACCCUGCCAAUAAAGCUAAUU